UACGUUGAUAUUAAAAAACGAUUUUGCCAAAAAAAACAUAAUUGCCAAUUAUUAAGUGGCUACACUGAAUAAACUGUAUCGUGUGUAGUGUUUUAAAACGUAAAAAUUAGAGACCAUGUUUUUCUUUAAUCUUUUUAUCUUAGCCGGCAUAUUAUGUUUAUGUAUAUCUGCAGUUAGCAGUUAGUUUUAAUAUUUAUUUUGAAUAAAUAAAAAUAAUAAUUAUUAAAUUAAACUUUUAAGACCUUUUUAUCCUUUAGUUUUUAAUUUUCGAUAGAGUCUGGGCAUUUAAUGGUUAUAUUUUUGUAUCUGACAAAAUAAUUCGAAAAUUAUAUUAUAUAUUAUUGUUUCUUUUAAAUUUAUAUAAGUAAUGUCAAAAUUAGAUCCUAGCGAUAUUUCUACUUUGCCUUGGUAUAAUGACGAAUUUGAAAUGAUGGAUGUAUUGGUCGAACCUAAGAAUGAACUAUUUGAGUUUGAUGAGCUUAAGAUGGAAUCAUUUUCGUCUUAUUUUGGAGAUGAUAUAAAAUUCAAUACAGGAGUUAGCGAUCUAGAUACUGAUCACAUGAUGCAAUGGAACAUUGAAUCAUGUUUUGAAAAUGGUAUUGAUUUAGAGAAAAACUAUACAUCACCUCCAUCAUCUCCUUCUUCAAACGGGUCAAUGCCUAGUGGUGAUUCACAAUCAUCAUUUGAUUCAAACCAAGUAUUACCGAGAAUAAUAUUACCAAAUAUGAAUACAAUUUGUGAUACCAAUACUGUAAUUGCUCUAAAAUCUAAGAGUGGGAUUCAAACACUUCCAAAAUUGAAAAUAUCUCCAGCUCCAAUUAAACCAAUAUUAAAUGCAGCUUCUAGAACUAAUAAUAUUUUAAUAAAUAAUAAUUUCAAUGUGUCUUCAAUGCUGACUGAUCAAACUAAUCAAUCUCCUGUUACAAUUUCAAAAUCAUUUGCAAAAACUUUUCCACGUAAGAUUAUACUAACUUCAGAUCAAUUUUCAAAAAUAACCAAAUUCCAAAAACAAAAACAAGUUGAUUUAAAUGUACCAGCUGUAAUACCAUUAGUAACAAGUACUACAGAAGUUAAUACUCAAUUGACAUUGCCGGCAGUUGAGAUUGAUAUAGCAAAGUCUAAAAACUAUUCUACUUCUACUUUACAAUAUAAUCAAUUAAGUGCAAUAAAACGACAUCAACGCAUGAUACGAAAUCGAGAAGCAGCAAGUUUAUCUCGUAAAAAGAAAAAAGAAUACGUAACAUCAUUAGAAGAAAAAAUAACUAUAUUGGAAAAAGAAAAUUUGGAAUUGAAAAUUGAAAAUUCAGCAUUGAAGGAAAGGCUCAAAAUUUUUGACAAAUUAUCUUCAAUAACAGACAGACCUAUUAUCAAAAAAGCCAAAAAAGCUACAGCUAUAUUAUCAGUAGUUUUAAUGAUUUCUUUAAAUAUCGUUCCUUCAGGGCUUUUCAAUACAAGACAAUUUGAUAAAUCAGAAAUACAAAUGAACCUUGGGGAAAAUUACAAAACCAAAAAUAUUGAAAACAUAAACUUUCAUAGCAGAAAUCUAUUAUGGGUCAGUGAUUUUGAAGACACUAAUUCAUCAUUGAAUGCUACUGAACAUUUGAUGUGUCCAACAUUUAUAAAUGUAUCUGAAUCAAAAAGAAUUGAUAGUGAACUUCGAAAAUGGAUUGAACCAAAGAAUUUAAAGUUACUGAAUGAUAACUUAUCAAUGGCUUAUGUUGAACCUCCAAUUAUAAGUACUUCUAUUGAACAUUCCAGACAUAAUGAAUACACUGGAGGAAACAAAGACAAAAAAACGGAAAAAUUACAAAAAAGGAAUUUUAAAAAAAGAAAGCAUGUUCCAUCCAACAAUGAGUUCAUAGAAAUAUUUGGUCAGUUAAAGUUAGAUAGUAAAGAAAGCUUAUUUGACUCCAUUGAAAGGCAAGAUGAUACUUUCUAUGUUGUAUCUUUUUCUGGUGAUCAUUUAUUAUUACCAGCGAGCCAUAAUGCUUCUAAUACUACCCUUCGUCCAAAGAUGUCACUUGUUUUUCCAACUUUAUCAUCAAAUGGUUCGGAUUUUGUCACUAUGAUUCAAAUUGAUUGUGCAGUAACUGAUACAAAAACAUUACAUAUUCGAGACACUCACUUAAGACAUCAUAAUGAUUUUAAAAAUAAUAUUUCAUCAAACUUAAAACAGCACCAGGACCAUAGAAAUGAUAUACCACACAAGCCCUAUUUUGUACGACAAAGUUACUCUGGUUCAAUGUUUAGCAAAAUGAAUCAUGAACUUCCAAGUUACUAAUAUUUCAAUGUUUUGAAUUCAAAAAUCAUAUCUCAACAAAAAGCUUUUAUGAUUGAAUGCAAUUUUUUUUCUUAUAAGCAUAUCUAUUAAACCAUAUAUUAAUAAUAUGAAUCGUUAUGUUUACUAUUUCCUCUAAAAAGUGGCAUUCAAUUGGAAAGUUAAACUAAUGAUAUAUGAUAUAAUUGAAUUAUUUUUAGAUAUGUACCCUAUUUAUAAUUAUUGAGCAAAUUAUCAUAUGCAGUAAAAUAUAAAAAUAUAAUAUAUUAUAUUAUUUAAAAAUUAAUUUAAUAUAUUUUAUUUUUUAGAUUCUUUAAACUUUACUGUAGAUAAUUCAUUAUACAGCUAGUCGUAAUAACUUAGUUUUUUUCAAUUCUUUAGAUAUUUUCAUUAUAAUCCAUGGUUUAAGUGUUUUAUCUUAACAAUUAAUACUUAAAAAUAUCCUAUUCUAAGUCUACUGAAUGAUGUAUAUUUGUUAUUGUUAAGGCUGGGAUUUCGAUAUACUUUUCAUUAUUGUCUGAAUCUUUCUAUGGGAUGUUCUUUCUAUAACACACAUUUCAAAUAUUUUUGAAUCAGAGUAAAAAGAUUUAAUUUUGCAUUUUUUGACGAUUUUUAAUUGUUGGUAAUUUUGUUCAUUCCUUAAAUGAUUUUAAGAUUUUUGGAGCAUUUUCGAAGUUCUUGAGAAAAUUUGAAUUAAAAAUUUUAUUUUAAGCUCUUACAUGAUUUUUAUAUACAUUUAACAAAUUUUAACUAUUUACAGUUAAAUAAAUAUAUAAUCUAAACUUAUUAAAGACCAAAAUGAUCAGUUUCAUCUGUAAAACUAUUUACAAUCCUUUAAAAUGUAUAUUGUCAUUUAAACCAAAUUUAUAAUAGAAUUUAUAUUGAAGUUAAAAAAAAUUGGUACAUUUUUUUCAUGCAUUAUUCAGAAUUUUUAGGACAUAAUAGCAUUUUUUUUUUAUGGUAUUAAUAUCCCAGCCCUAGUUAUUAUUGUAUUUUUUUUUGGUUUGGAUUAACAAUUCAUAAAAAACUACUUAAAACUAGUUUUUUUUAUUAUGGUGAUUAUUGCUUUCAUACCUAUUUUAUCACCUACCAAUAUUAAAAACCUAAAUUAAUAUACCUGUCCAAUCCUACCAGUAUUAAAAACUGUCUAAUAUAUAAUAUUAUAUCCUUUUUUUAGUUACACCAUUCAAAUUUAGAUUGGUUAAUUUGUUUUUAUUUAUUUAUCUUCAACUUUGAGUUAUUAAGAUUACUGUAUAAUUAUAUAGCAUAGACAAUAACAAUAAUAAACUAUUAAAUGCUGAUGAUAGUUUUUAUUUUAUAUUUGCAUUGUCUAAUGUAGAUACCACUAUGUAAAUAAUCGUACCACAUAGAUUUGUGGUAGAUAUAUUAAACUUAUUACCUGAUAACCACAGACGUACAUUAUAGUGGUAUAUACAUCCAUGCUGAUAACCUAUCUUAGUCCGUGAUCUUGAUUCUAUAUUAUACUGUACUAAAAAUAAAAUAUUAAAUUGGUUCGUAAUUUUAUAAUAUUCCUUAAGUCUUAUUAGAUAUAACUUUAAGCAAUCAAUAAUUUACUAUGAAUUAAUUUAACUCAUUUUUCCAAAUAUAUUAUGAUCAAAAUAUAGGUA